AAACAAAAAUCGCGUCUAUAUUUUUAGGGGCUUUUACAAAUGACACUUGCUGAGAUAAACGUGACCUGUCUGUCCGGAACCACAUGUGUGUGCUCAGGACAGCAGGUCUUGCAGAAGUAUGUCAGGAAGCUACCAUGCACCUGACAGGAAGCUACCAUGCACCUGACAGGAAGCCAUAAUGACCACAGUCCACCAGAGUUUUGAUUACGAUUUCUUACAUUUCAACCUUUAACGUCAACAUGAAGAUACCGUGUCUUAUUUUGCUGUUUCAAGCGAGUCUUCAGCUCCAGUGUGAUAAAGGACAGAUCGCUGCACAUAUUGGAGGCGAAUUCAUUCUUUCCUGCAAGUAUGACACAAAUCAUUUCCUGUUCAAUAAAAAGUACUGGUGCCGAGGCGACUCCAGGGGGACCUGCGAGAUCCUGGCGGAUUCAGAACACGUCAAAAAAACCAGCGGCAGGUUUCUCGUGUUAGACGCGAGAAGAAAAGGCCUGUUUGUGAAAGUCACAGGUCUGCAGUUGGAUGACACCGGAGUGUACUGGGUCGGGAUUGACAAAAUAUAUGCUGACAUCAUGACUUCCGUCAACGUGUUUAUCACUGAAGUUCCAGUAUCUAAGCCCAGAAUCUGGCCCUUGACCUCACUGGCGGACAGGUCAACAUGUUGGGGGCACCCAGUGACCGUGCGCUGUGGCUGUGCAGAGGGCACUGACAUCCGUUACGCCUGGUAUCAACGCACUCACCACAAGGACUUACCUGUUCACCCGUCAUCAGACUUGUACCUACACUGUGGCUCCGUGGAGAAGGGAAGCGAUUAUUACUGUGUUGCCAGUAAUGACAUAAGCACGGAGGAGAGUGAAAUCCUCUCUGUGCAGGUUCUGCUGCCGGCAGACAGAAGCUGUAGCUAUGCUGUUAAUAUGCAGGGCCAAAACAUUUAUGACUGCACAGCGAGCACCACCGAGGUCCAAACUCCACCUCUGGCUACCUGCAAAACCACAGUGAGCAGCCACAGUGACCCGACAAACCAGCUAUCACAAAUUAAUCAAACUCACCAAGAUCUGCUUUUCAAAAGGACACAGACUUGGUUGCCACUCUGGUAUACGCUGCUGCGCUGGGGCUCUUUUGCGUCCUUGCUGAUAUUUCUGUGCGUAGUUCUAAAAUGUACCAAAACAAGACUCCGAAAAUCUGCCAAGAGGAAGAGGAGGGUUCAUUUCAAGCAAGUGCCCCACUUGGUUCAGUAACAUGCAUUUUAGAAAGGUAUUUUGUUUGUCAGCCUCCGUGGGGGGUCUUCUCAUUCACAUUUUCUUUCUCAUGCCUCGCCCCAAAAUUCCUCCCAUUUUUGUGAUCAAGGAUUGUUUCUUCAGAAUAUAACGUAAUUCAAAUAGCUCACCCACAUAUUGGUUACUGUAGUGGCAGAAUGUGUCCUGACUGUAAGUAAUGUGGACAAUGUGUUGUUGAUACCAAACAUAAUCAUGCUGGCGCCGAUGUGUCCUUGCUGUGACCAGUAUCGUGUUGAAGCUAUCUAGUAUGAUGGCGCAGAUGUGUCCUUGUUGUGACCAAUCGAGCAUGCGAAACCUCACGCGGCCUGUUCCGUAGACAGUGGGUACAAAAGAACUGUACACCCAUAUGCACUUUGAUCCUUCUACGUUUUGUGCUGUGAACCACAUCUCGAAAUAAUACUGAAGAAUAAAACUUUUAUUCCAGCAAUUGUUCCCAAUUAAAAGUGAAAUAAACGGAAUAAUGACUUCCCCUGAUUUUAACACUGUACAUUUAUGCUAAUUAUUGCUAUUGUAAUAUUUCUGCUCACUGCAAUAUAUGUCCUUUAUUAAUGGCCAUAAUAUGUAUAAUCAUAACCCUGGAAAGCCUGGAAUUAAAAGUUUGUUUUGUUUGUUAUUAGUGUUUUCUAAGAAAUGAAUGUCAUAACAUAAAUUAAAAAUUGUCUGAAUACA